ACACUGGAUGGAGAUAGAGAGGGGAUUACCUCAGAGGGGGGGAAAAAACUUUUUCACCUUCUUUUGUUUUUUAAGUGCAGUUUACUUCGGCGGAGAGAAGGGGAGAGGGGAGGAGUGUGAGGAAGAUUUUCCAGUGAGGUGGAUUUGGAGUUGUUGGUGAGGAGUCACAGACGGGAACUUCACCGGUUAGUUUGUUAAACCCGGGCCAGAGUGGAAACUAGCUAAGCCCUCCUCAUAUCUGUGGGCAGAGCCUGUUUCGCAUUUUAAAAAGAUUUGCAUGAGGCAGGGAACAAAAUGAUUGCCGUUGUUGUCGGUUUAGUUCAGCCCUUGAGUUUAAAAAGAGCCUAGGGAAAAGUUGGGAGAAAACCGGUUUUCCCUGGUACCCUGCCGCCGCUUUUGUGUGUGAAUGGUGGGGUGUUUUUCCUGGUUGACAGGGCCGAUUGUCAAGGAGAAGUUAGCGUUACAGCAGCCCAACACACAGGCUCAUCGUCAACAAACCUGCUCAGAUGGACUUGAGAUAACGCCAGCGGAAGUUCUAACCUCGUCCCAAACUUCAGCCUCCUACAUUCACCCAGAAUGGCAGAUCCCACUGGGCUGAGCCCCGAAGGGGCCGGGGCAGGCAUAGCCGAGGUCGACGCCUGUAGUUUGGAGAUAGAGAGGAAGUAUGAUAUCAUCCCUGCCGUCAUCUGCUCCAUGUGUUGCCUGUUUGGCAUCAUCUACUGUUUCUUUGGUUACCGCUGUUUCAAGGCUGUCAUGUUCCUGUCUGGUCUGAUGUUUGGCUCCAUCAUCAUCUUCUUGCUGUGCCACAAGGAGCACGUGCUGGACACCCAACUGAGCGUGGAGGCCAGCGCGGGUAUCGGGCUCGGCAUUGGCCUGCUGUGCGGUCUGGUCACCAUGCUGGUGCGCAGCGUCGGCCUCUUCAUGACCGGCCUGCUGCUGGGCUUCCUCUUGGCUCUCGCCGCCCUGCUGGUAACUCACCAGUUCUACACUCCGACCACAGUCUGGGUCCCACUGGGUGCACUUCUGGGAACAGGCAUGCUGUUUGCCGUGCUGACCCUGCAGUGGCAAAAGCUCUUCACCAUGCUCUCCACGGCUGUGUUCGGGGCAGCUAUCAUGACAGUGUGUGCCGAUUUUUUUGUGGAGAUGCUGGCUUUGGCCAAGUAUGUGUAUGAAUGCUUGCGCCUCACACCUGGGCCACCUCUCUGCUGGUACAGCUGGGUCAUUCUGGGCAUCUGGCCCGCCCUCAGCCUCAUAGGAGUGCUGGUCCAGUGGAAACUGACCGAUGACAGCUUCUCACACACUGAGGUCGUUAUCAGUCGGAGACAGAAGAGAGUCCAGCUGAUGCGGAUUCGGGAGAAGGACGCCAAGAAGCGACAGCAGGCAGGUGGGCAGGAAGGCACGUACCGCCGUAAACCCACCCCAGUGAAACGUUACGCUGGGGAUCUACUGGCACCGAGCUACCUGCAAAGUCUGCGGGACAGACAGAUGGGCACAGGCACUUCCCUUAGCAGCCUGGGCACCGCCAACCACACUAUGGUCGACUUGGACUAUGAGACCGGGUCCACUGCACCCCUUACAGCUACAACCCCAGUCGUCAGAGUCUGAGCAAAACCAUGAUAAGAAGGGACUACUUAGUGCUCUCUGGUACUCCUACUGUGCCUCCCUAACGUAGAGUAGAACCAAUAAACCGCUCCCCAUCAGCUAAGGGUUUAUUCUGCAGGAUUGAUCAGUCCUGGGUGAUCAGUAAAAGAGAAUGCUGCUUUUUGGGGUGAAGUGAGAGGAGUGAGGCUCCUGUCUGAUGAAAGCUAUAACCACUGCAACCACUGUGUUUCUCAGAGAAACACUUAAAAACAGAUACUAACAAAGUAAAGUCCUCCAUUUCCUCUCAUCGUGUAUUAAAUACAUAAACAGCAAGUACGAGCCUCAAACAGAUGUAUUUCUAUGACAAAGCAAUUUGUUUGACAUUUCAUGUACUAUACUUAAAAAGUUAGUCAUUGCCGUGAAGUGUUGUGUUAUUACCCGUCGUACUGUUUAACCGUGUGGUCGUAGGAUUUGUCAAAGUUUAUCAUUAAAAUGAGAUUUCAUUUUGUGUAUUUUUUUUUUGUUUUAGAUGGAGUGUGUUGAGAGAGUAAAACAAAGUGAAGCAAAAACCGAAUGAUGCAAAUAACAGUUAACAGUUUGUAUUUUCAAAGCUCUUUGCAUGAGCUUUGAACAGGAUCUUUUUCAGCAGGACUCUUAAUUCUGUGACAUUUUGUGUUUUUAGACUGUAUGCUUGUGGAGUAAACGUUUUAUAACUUAAUUUAUAUAAUGAAGUAUGUGGUAGUGUUGAGAAAAAAAGGACAAAAAAAACAAAGCAUGUUUGUCGUUAAUUUGUAGAUUUUUAAAUAAUUACCUUGUUGUUUGAAUUUUGCGGGGACAACGCACUUGUUACCUGAAUCUGUACAUACCUGUUGAUAGAAAUCUCAAAGCUAAAUAAAUUUGUUUGAUACAAA